AUGAAGUCCGUUGCUACCUUUGCUGUGGCAACUGCCAUGGCUGCCAUCGCCGCCGCCGGGCUUGUCCCAACCCGUGCUGCUGACGCUGCUACUUGUCAUUCUCUUCCUGGCGACGCCUCGUGGCCUGCAACGAGUUCCUGGGACAGCCUCAACAGCACUGUCGGUGGCAAGCUGAUCGCCACCGUGCCCAUCGGCUCUGUAUGCCAUGACCCUACAUACAACGAGACCGCUUGCACGGCUUUGCGUGACGCCUGGGUGCUCCCUCAGACACACUUCCCUUCGUCGUCAUCGGUAAUGCAGGCCUAUUUCGCAAACCAGUCUUGCGAUCCUUUCACAGACCGCAACACGACGUGUAAGCUGGGCAACUAUGUCAGCUACGCCGUCGAGGUUACCAGUGCUCAGGAUAUCGCGGAGACGAUCAAAUUUGCAAAUGCCAACAAUAUCCGCUUCCUUGUCCGAAACACUGGUCACGAUCAUCUCGGUCGAUCAACCGGUGCAGGAUCGCUCGCUGCCUGGACCCACAAGCUCAAGGAGAUCACCGUGACCUCGUGGUCUGAUGACCUCUGGAAUGGCCCAGCUAUCAAGAUGGGCGCAGGUGUGCUCGGGUACGAAGUUACCGAAGCCGGGAAGUCCGCAGGUCUCGUCGUCGUUGGUGGAGAGUGCCCGACGGUCGGUCCCGCUGGCGGAUAUAUUCAAGGCGGUGGCCACUCGGCCCUGACAACCAACUUCGGCAUGGCCGCUGAUCAGGCUCUUGAGUAUGAGGUUGUCACCGCCAAUGGCUCUAUUGUCACUGCCUCCCGUACUCAGAAUGCCGACCUUUUCUGGGCCCUCAGCGGCGGUGGUCCCGGAACAUUCGGUGUCGUCGCAUCCGUCACAGUUCGAGCCCACCCCGAGGCGCCUGUCAUUGGGGGUGUCGGCCUGCAGACCGCAGCCUCUUACACGACCCAGGACAAGUGGUGGCAAAUGCUUGACGCCUUCCACGGACUCCUCCCAGGAAUGACUGACCAAGGUGCUAUGGUAGUCUUCCUAUACGGGAGCUCUGUCUUCGCUAUCAACCCGCUGACAGCGUACAACAAGACCGCUGAGGAGGCACAGGCUAUCCUCAGCCCCUUCCUCGAUGUUCUCGCCAACCUGUCCAUCCCAUACUCCAUAGCUGCCACCAACUUCACCAGCUACCGUGAUCACUAUAACCAGUGGAUGGGCCCUCUCCCCUACGGUCACGUUGAGGUCGAGUCUUACAAUUUCGGCUCCCGCCUCAUCCCGCGUGACGUCCUCACGGACACAGCCUCGCGUGCCAAAUACAUCUCCGCCAUCCGCUACGGUGCGGAUAAUGCUAGCGUUCUCGCCGCGGGAGUGGCCCUCAACGCCAGCGCCCCUGCUGGGGUCUCCAACGCUGUGAACCCGUACUUCCGCAAAGCAUCGAUUCACGUGCAGUACUCGACAGCCUGGAGCAACGACCCCGCGGAGUGGAAUCAAAUGCUCGCGGACCAGAAGCGCAUGACGGACGAUAUUAUCCCGCCCAUUGAGGCAGCUACCCCCGGCAGUGGAAACUAUAUCAACGAGGUCGACUUCAACAUCGCUGGCUGGAAGGACAAGUUCUUCGGCGGUAACUACGACCGCCUUCUCGCGAUAAAGCGCAGGUGGGACCCUACGGGCGUGUUCUACGCUCUCAAAACGGUUGGAAGCGAUGCCUGGACCGUUGCGGCUGACGGGAGAAUGUGCCUGGCAAAUCCCACAGGAUCCUAUCCAGAUCCGGCAGGUGUUACAGGUUCCGACUUCAAGUUUGGACCUAUCUCCGUCCACAUCUCCACAGUGUUCCCUGUUUACUGCGCCGCUUUUCGACGUUUCUGGCAGCCAUCAGCACUGCCCUAUCUGUCUCCCUCAAAUUUCCCCUGGUCUUCAGGGCCGAUUGCGACAGAUGUCAAGCUCGGACCGGACAGUCAUGGCUACGGCGGAGGAUUCCUCGGACUUCUUCUAACAGGCGUGCUUACGGCUUCAUCGCGUGCGAUUGAAGACAAACAAAACAUCGACACACGCACCGCUCAACCUGAAGACGAGGAAAGGAAAUCUACUGGAACCUCCGGGCCAAUUGACCAGUUCUGA